AUGUCUACCUCUGAGAAGUUGGAAAACUUAUCAAUCAAUGAAAAGCCAGCUGAAUCCCCAGCUGCCAAGCAAGAAAACUCAACCUCUGAACAACCAGAAGAGGUUAUCUUGGGUGAAGAUGGACAGCCAUUGUCAAAGAAGGCAUUGAAGAAAUUGCAAAAAGAGAAGGAAAAACAAGCAAAGAAGGCCGAAAGAGAGGCCCAAUUAGCCAAAGAGAAAGAAGCAAGGGAAAAAGAGGCGGCAAACGAUCCAGCAAAGGCCAAUUACGGAAAAUUACCCAUUAUUAACUCGUCAUCAAAGUCAAAUGUAAAGAGAUCCAAGAUUGCCGACAUAUCAGCUUCCAACGAUGGAGAAACUGUUACACUCAGAGCAAGAGUCCACAAGACAAGACAGCAAGGUGCCACAAUGGUCUUUUUCGCCUUGAGACAACAAACAAACAUUAUCCAAGCUUUAUUGAAAACCAACAAGGAAACCGACAACACGGCCAUUUCGAAACAAAUGGUGAAAUGGGCAGGCGGUAUUAGUUUAGAGAGUAUUGUUUUGGUAGAAGGUAAAGUCGCCAAAGUCGAUGAGUUGGUCAAGUCGGCUACUGUACAAGAUGCAGAAAUACACAUCACCAAAAUUUACACCAUUCAAGAGACUCCAGAACAAUUGCCACUUUUGUUGGAAGAUGCCUCAAGAACUGAGCAAGAGGCUGAAGAGUUGGGCUUACCAGUUGUCAACUUGGACACUAGAUUAGACUCUAGAGUUAUUGACUUGAGAACUCCAACAAAUCAAGCAAUCUUUAAAAUCCAAUCCGGUGUCUCACAAUUAUUUAGAGAGUUUUUGUCCAAAAAGGGAUUCACUGAAAUACACACCCCAAAAAUCAUUGGAGCUGCUUCAGAAGGUGGUUCGAACGUGUUUGAAAUUAACUAUUUUAAGGGAUCUGCUUUCUUGGCACAAUCGCCGCAAUUGUAUAAGCAACAAUUGAUUGCUGGUGAUUUCGAAAGAGUGUUUGAAGUUGCUCCAGUUUUCAGGGCCGAAAAUUCAAACACCCAUCGUCAUAUGACGGAAUUCACUGGAUUGGAUUUGGAAAUGGCAUUCGAGGAACACUAUGACGAAGUCUUGCAAGUUUUGGAAGACUUGUUUGUAUUCAUCUUUACUGAAUUGAAAGAAAGGUAUGGUAAGGAGAUUGCCACUGUCAGAAAACAAUUUCCAGUUGAAGAAUUCAAGAUUAACAUGGUUAAAUUGCACUUCAAAGAAGGUAUUGCCAUGUUGAGAGAAGCAGGUAAAGAGGUUGAUGAUUUUGAAGAUUUGUCAACUGAGAAUGAGAAAUUGUUGGGUAAGUUGGUCCGUGAAAAGUACGACACUGAUUUCUAUAUUUUGGACAAAUUCCCAUUAGCCAUUAGACCAUUCUAUACCAUGCCUGACGCAGAGGAUCCAAGAUACUCAAACUCGUAUGACUUCUUCAUGAGAGGUGAAGAGAUCUUGUCUGGUGCCCAACGUAUCCACGACCCAGAAUUAUUGAAGGAGAGAAUGAAGGCACACGAAGUUGAUCCAAAUACCCCAGGUUUGAAUGAUUAUGUUGAUGCAUUCACCUAUGGAUGUCCUCCACAUGCUGGUGGUGGUAUCGGAUUGGAAAGAGUGGUUAUGUUCUUUUUGGACUUGAAAAACAUUCGUCGUGCUUCAUUGUUCCCAAGAGAUCCAAAGAGAUUGAGACCAUAA